GAGCUCCUGGUCUUUCAUCUCUACAGCCUAAUACAACAGAAAGGCAUCUUUCAGUCUACAGAGUGUAAAUCCUCUACACUAUGUCAUCUAACCAAUCAUUCAAAAACCAACAUGAAGAGGCCUACGCCUCCCUGAUGAAAGGCCUGAAGGAGCUGGACCUACAGGGACCCUAUGUUCCCAGUGACCUGGUCCUGAUCGGAGACCAUGCCUUUCCUGUAGCAAUGAACAGUCGAGGUCAGGUGCUGAUGGCUGCCUCUCUGUACGGCAGUGGAAGGAUUGUGGUCCUGGGUCAUGAGGGCUACUUGACAACCUUUCCUGCUCUGGUAGAAAAUGCUGUGACCUGGCUGAGAGGUGAUGGAUCUGAUAACCUCUCUGUAAGGGUGCACAGAAAAGUCAGUGCAGUUGCUGAUAACCUCCAAAAACCCAGCUUCCAAGUAGAAGUUGUGGGAGCUUUCAGUGACAGACUGGGAGUUGGUGUUUAUGUGACCGAUGCCUACAGUGUGGGCUCAGACCCAACAGAGCUGGUGGCGUUUCUGAAAGCUGGAGGAGGGGUGCUGAUAGCUGGGCAGGCGUGGCAUUGGGCUGCAACUCACCCCAAAGAGAACACACUGCAUCAGUUUGAUGGGAAUAAAGUGGCAGGAGUGGCAGGAAUCUACUUCACUGAGCGUUAUGGUGAGGCGGAGAACCUGCCCGUCUACCCUCAGAUCCCGUCCUCCUGGAAGUCAUUAGCGACAGGCAGGGAUUUCAAGGAUGACUUGGGGUUCUUACUCCAGGGGGUUUCAGAAUUCAACCUCCCCUCUGAGUAUCUGUGUUCUGAGGUUCUAGUCCACAGCCCACUAGCCUUUCCCAUCGGCACUACAGAAGAUGGACGACCAUUCCUGGCAGGAGCCUACUAUGGGCGAGGACGAGUCCUUGUGGUUACACAUGAAAGAUGUCUUGAAGUUGAGAGUAUGGCUCCAUUUUGGAGAAACGCCAUUCACUGGUUGGAUGAAGGGCGCAGAGGGGUUGUUGGUGUCAUGGUGGAUCCUGCACUCAAAGUUCUGAGUGAGUCUGGGCUGAAGUGCGAGAAGACAAACUUCAGGAAAGACCUCAGCGUGUUUGUGUGUACAGCGUAUAUCACUGAGCAUUUGGAGGAAAUUCAAAACUUUGUGGCAGAGGGAGGAGGCCUGCUGAUUGGAGGACAUGCCUGGUACUGGGCACAGACACAUGCUGGGCAAAAUCCACUUACAGAUUUCUCAGGGAACAAGAUCCUGAACCAAAUGGGAUUGAGCCUGUUAGGAGAAACAAUCCGUGCAGGAACAUACAAAGCCUUUGUACCCAGCUGGCCGAUUAAAGAUACUUACCACUUCCGCCACCUUCUACACCGCUUUGCUGCCCAUGUGACUACAGGUGUAGAACUUAGCAAGCAUGAGGAGGGAUGUCUUAAAAAGCUGGGCAAUGACUGUGAUGCUUAUUUGCGCACAAAGGCACGUGGCUGCUUCUAUUACACUCAAGUGUUGGCUGCACUCACUGAUAUGUUAAAGAGGUCAGGCCUGCCACAGGUGAGUGACAGCUGCCCUGCAAAGACGCCAAAAGACCAUCUACUCCUCAGUUUGGGAUCACCUGUAUAUGAGUUUUGCCUAAAUCCUGAGGCCCUCCUGCCCUACCUCAUCAAGGAUAGGCCACUGAUGCCAGACGUCUAUAACCACAGGCUCAAGAUCGAUGUUACCACAGCAGAUGGGGAAGAGUGGAUCAGCACUGGUCUCUACCUCUCUCCUUGUAUGAGUACCUACAUGGUGAUGCCAACUGAGAUUAUCAACAAGGAGUGGAAGAUUCAGAUAGGCUGUCAAACUGAUGACCUACAUGACAAGGAUGAGCUGAAGAGACCACCACGUGUUCAUGAGCGAUUUCCUGUUACAUCAGAGAUGAUGCAUGUGUCCAACCUGUGGGGGGGGCUCAUCUACCUGGUGGCCCCACCCAACACACAAGUGAAGGGGUUGGAGAUCAUAGUGCAGAAAGCUGUAACUGUUCCAUAUUACAAGUCUGGUGCAACAACUGCAGCUGAAUGGUUAACGCUGCGCACGGCUCCUGGGCCCUGGACAGAGUUGGAGUUUGAAAACAUCGUCCUCACCGUACCAUCACAUGUUGUUCGGGGUCUGGAGCACCCCGAGGAGGUGGCUGCUCUCUGGGAUGAAAUCAUGAGGGCCAUUGCGGAUCUGGCUGCCAAAUCACACAAAUUUCCCCACAAGGAGCGCUUUGUGACAGAUGUGCAGAUUUCUGCUGGCUGGAUGCAUUCAGGUUAUCCCAUCAUGGCACACCAUGCCUCAGCUGCUGAAGUAGUUGAUGUUAAAAAAGGUAAACAACUGUGGGGCCCCAUCCAUGAACUUGGACACAACCAACAGAGAAGCUGCUGGGAGUUCCGACCACACACCACAGAGUGUACAUGCAACCUGUGGUCAGUGUAUGUGAAUGAAGAGGUGCUGGGCAUCAACAGAGCACAGGCUCAUGGUGAUUUGACUUUAGCUAAAUGAAAGAGUCGAGUAGAGGAGUACAUCAAGGGAGGAAGGAAACUCAGUGACUGGAGUGUGUGGGUUGCCCUGGAAACAUAUCUGCAGCUCCAGGAAAAGUUUGGCUGGGAUGCCUUUAAGAAGGUUUUUGCUGCGUACCACCACAUGAGAGACUUUCCUGAUGACAAUGACACAAAGAUGAACCUGUAUGCUGAGACUUUCUCGCAGACUGUGGGGAUGAACCUGACCGGCUUCUUCAAGGCCUGGGGCUGGCCCAUCAAAACAGCCACUGAGGAAAAAUUGUCCCAGCUGCCUCCCUGGAAUGAUCACCCCAUGAUCCAGUAAAAAUGAACUGAACACAACUGCAGACUAAAAAAAGUCAUUUUAGUUCUCCGCAGUGAAACUUCAGUUCAUUAAAUUAAUCUUUUCAUGACAUUUAUUUCAAUCUUGCAUUGUAUCCCAUUUGAAAAGCGAAUGUAGCGGCUUCUUUCACACUACAUGCCAGAAUCAUUUACUCCAAAUUGUUGACCUUCCAAAUUAAAUAGAACAUUUCUUAAAUUUUAAUUAGUGCUGUCAGUGUUAAUCUCGUUAAAAUGACAUUAACGCCAUAACCACAUUAAGGCAGCAAAUCUCCUUCAGCAAGUUAACGUGGAUCGCCCUGUGCACUGACGCAUUAACGAGCUAACCGCGCAAACGCAUUGAUGCUGUGCAGCCCCGGGCACGGGCCAAUCCACAUUAAUCAUCCUGAAAUAACCAUGUAAUACUUUCACUGAACUUUCUGGGAUUUUCUUUGUUUCAUGUCUGUGUUACAUGACUGUACCUGCAGCAUUGGAUAUAAUAAUUACUUUUUGCAUCUUGACUGAGAAUUGGUUCAUACAAUAAAUGACACCAGUAUAGUAAUGCAAGUAAUCUUGUUUACUUUUGUAAUUAGGUUUUGUUAUGCUCAUGUUAUUUUGGCUGCAAGGAGAGCAAAGUUAUAACAAUCAAAGAGCUGAAGUGAAACUGAGUGUUUAAAAACAGUGAAAAGUGUGACUGCAGCCACUGUCUGUUAUUUUCAAACUUCAUUUUGUGACCUUUGAUGUUUUCCCCAAACUGUGCUGCAACAUCCCUUUGUUUCUUAACUGAAUUCUUGGUAAGACCAGUGGAUGUUUUUCUUUGUUAAUUCAUUUUCAUGUUUUGUAUAGCCAGUAAAGCUGCUUGUACCAGCGCUUGAACUAGACAUCUUUGACUGCAGUGUUUGUCUUAACUUUUAAAGUUGGCCACCUCUCUUUAGACCCAUAGAGAUAAAUCACAUCAGUCUUUCUAGAAUGGUGGAAUCUUCUCUUCUUUGCAUUUUCAAAUGCAGUGUUUGCCUCAUCAAAUCUAGAAAUAAGAAAU